CUGUGCCUCUCGUUACGGCUUUGCCGUAAAGCGGCACCCGUAGGGAUUUACGGCUAGGAGUGGGUAAAACAAACAAAAAACAGACGAAAAUAGAGUUAUCUGAAAUGUGAGAAUGGCCAAGUCUUUAAGAGGUGAAGUGUUGAAUCUGUACAAAAAUCUGCUGUACCUUGGAAGGGAGUAUCCCAAAGGAGCAGACUACUUUAGAAGCCGUUUGAAAGCAGCUUUUCUAAAAAAUAAAGAUGAGAAAGAUCCUGAAAAAAUUAAGCAACUAAUUGCACGAGGAGAAUUUGUUAUCAAAGAGCUGGGCUUGUACUUUCUCAGAAAAUACAGAGCUCUGAAACACCGCUACUACAGUGAUGACAAUCAAUAAUAU